ACCAGUUUCCAGUCAGUCAGUGUUUCCAGCAGGCGCCCAGUCAGCGGAUCGUUCUUCCACAUAUGUACAUUGGUAUAGUGCUGGACUAGAUAGCAUCAUGAAACCGAACUUUCUUUUGGUUGUUCUUUUGGGGCUCUUUGCCGGAUCAAGAAGCACUUUUGCACAAGAAAUCUUUGGGUAUUGCACAACGCCAGAUGAGAGCAGCGGCACCUGCAUAAACCUGAAGGAAUGUGGAUAUCUCUACGAGCUGGUUCAACGCGGAUCGGUCUCCGACCUAAACCGUCGAUUCUUACAACAAAGCCAGUGUGGUUUCCGCAAUGGACAGGUCCUCAUUUGCUGUGCAAAUAGCCGCAUGCGUAACCAGCAGCCACAGUGGGGCAAUCAAGGCCAGCCAUCAGUAAGACCGACCCAGCCCACAAGGCCUUCAAGACGCCCUGGAAUUAGUCUACUGCCCCUGGCACCCAAUUGCGGCGAAAACUUUGUGGACCGGGUGGUCGGGGGCAAGGAGACUGGUAAGCGCGAGUUCCCUUGGAUGGCGUUGAUUGAAUACACGAAGCCCGGCAACGUGAAAGGUCACCACUGCGGAGGAUCUCUUAUAAACAAUCGCUAUGUGCUGACGGCAGCACACUGUGUCUCGGCCAUUCCCAGCGACUGGCAGCUGACUGGAGUGCGACUGGGCGAGUGGGACGCGAGCACCAAUCCGGAUUGCACCACUGGCAAAAACGGUCAGCGGGACUGCAACGAGCCCUACGUAGACUGCCCUGUUGUAGAGCGCAUUCCGCACCCGCAGUACCCGGGAAACUCUCGUGACCAGUUGAAUGACAUUGCGCUGCUGCGGUUGCGGGACGAAGUACAGUACAGCGACUUUAUCUCACCAGUGUGCCUGCCCACUCUGGUGUCCCAGCGCAACAAUAUUUUCCUGGGUCGCAAGGUUGUUGUGGCCGGAUGGGGUCGCACCGAGACGAACUUCACGUCCAACAUCAAACUUAAGGCAGAGUUGGAUCCGGUUUCAACGGAAACCUGCAACCAGCGGUACGCCAGCCAACGCCGGACUGUCACCAGCAACCAGAUGUGCGCUGGAGGAGAGGAGGGUGUCGACUCGUGCCGUGGUGACUCCGGAGGCCCCCUUUUGCUUGAGGACUACUCCAAUGGAUAUUCUAACUACUAUAUAGCCGGAGUGGUGUCCUACGGACCCACACCCUGUGGCCUUAAGGGAUGGCCGGGCGUGUACACAAGGGUUGCGGCGUAUUUGGACUGGAUAGAAAACAAUGUUAGGUCCUAGCCAUAGCUCUCGGAAAUUACCUCAGUUAGAAGGGACAUACCACAGCAAAUAUCGAUUUUUAAUACAAUGUUAAUUAUACAAUAAAUAAAGUUAACUUGUGUAAAUUAAA